CAAAAAUGCCCUCAAAAGACGACAUGGAAUGAUUAUUUUAUUGAUAUUUCCUACUAUAUACCUUCCAAUUAUCACUUUAUACAAAUAGAUCGGCGUUAGGUCGCAUGCUUUUCUUUCCUGGUGACACUAUAAAGCAAAAUAGUUGCAACCCCGUAAAUGCGCUAUAAGUCCAAUAAUAAGUGACGGUGACCCGUUAUAAAUGUUUCGCCAGCUUCGCUUUUUUGCCGCUACGCGGCGCGUUGGGCCCUUGCGUCCAGAGGUUUUGGGGCUGGUUUGUCUGGUGGAAGGGGCGGAGGCAAUGAUGUUGGUCCUGGUGUGGGCAUAAUUAGCUUCGGCGACUGGCUGAGGAACCACUUCGUAAGCAAAGAGGACAUGGAUGCACAGUUAGCAGCCGUGGCUGUCAAAGUGACAGGAGACGUUAUGGACAGGACAGCUGAAUACAAGAGUACGCAUCGAGAGGAAUCUACAACUAAGAAUCAGGCUGACACAAACGUGUUCGUUGUGAAUAACCAUACUACAUUGACAGAAGGCCAAGUCCAGAUGAUAGUUCAGCAGGCACUGAGCGUCUUCAUGGCGGACAAGACUGGCAUGGUAGACUAUGCCCUGGAAUCUGCAGGUGGUUGUGUUGUUAGCACAAGAUGUUCAGAGGACUACAAAACUGGGACGGCACAGUAUCAGAUCUUUGGAAUCCCGAUUUACUAUGGAUCGAACUCACCUAGGAGUGUGAUUCAGCCCGAGGUACAUCCAGGAAACUGUUGGGCUUUUAAAGGGCACAAUGGCUAUCUUGUUAUCCAGUUGUCACAGACCAUCAUCCCAACAUCAUUCUCACUAGAACAUAUACCAAAGGCAUUAUCACCAACUGGACACAUCGACAGUGCUCCGAAAGACUUCAGUGUUUGGGGACUAAAGAGUGAACAUGACCUAGAAGGACAGGAGCUUGGUAAUUUUACUUAUAACGAUGAUGGCCCUCCGAUUCAGUUCUUUAGCAUUGAGCCUCGUAAUAUCAAGCCAACACCAAUCAUCGAACUGAAGAUUCACUCGAAUCAUGGAAACAAGGAUUACACGUGCUUGUAUAGAUUCAGAGUACACGGAACAAUUCAUCGCCACUGAUUUUGUCUUCCGUUGAUCACAUUGCCAAG